CGCAGAAGGGGUGCGCGUGGGCACGCCUCCUCCCCACCGCCUCCCCUGACGUCGCCCUCAGUUUAUGUACCCCCGACGGUCAGAGAGAUCGCCAGUGCCCGCAUCGGAGGCGACACAGAUUUUGUUAUAUUUAUUAUUAUUGUUGUUGAUAUAACACAUCACACAAAACACAUAAAAGAUGCCCGCAAGAUUCCCGGAAAUGGACCACCUUCAAGAGAUCGGAGGAGACAGUCGCCCGUAUGGCAGCCACAGCGAAGAUAUCGUCAUAUCUGGAAUUUCUGGUAGACUUCCAGAGUCUGAAACGGUCCAAGAGUUUAUGGAAAAUCUUCUGGCUGGAAAGGAUUUGGUGACUGAUACAGAGCGUCGUUGGAAAAGAGGAGUUUAUGGCCUGCCAGCUAGAAUGGGAACAUUAAAAGACGUAUCUCACUUUGACGCUACAUUUUUUGGAGUCCACGCUAAACAAGCCGACUGUAUGGAUCCGCAUCUCAGGCUUGGUCUUGAGACAACCUACGAAGCGAUAAUUGAUGCAGGUCUUCAACCAGAAGAUUUAAAAGGAACCAACACAGCAGUAAUAGUUGGUUCAAGUAACUGUGAUAAUGAAUCUUUCUUCACGAGUUUUCCUGAUAAAAUAAAUGGUUAUGAACUGACCGGUAAUGCUAAAGCCAUGGUUUCCAACAGAAUAUCCUACUCAUUUGAUUUACAUGGACCCAGUUAUACAAUUGACACAGCCUGCUCUAGCUCCAUGAUGGCCUUUCACCAAGCAGUAGAAGCAAUCAGAACAGGGCAAUGCGACUCUGCUGUCGUCAUAGGAUCGAACGUCUUAUUAAAGCCCACUUCUUCAUUACAGUUUCACAGGUUGGGCAUGUUGAGUGCAGAUGGUAAAUGCAAAGCUUUCGAUGCUUCAGGUGACGGUUAUGUAAGGAGUGAAGCAGUUGUUUCCCUUCUUUUACAAAAAGCUAAAGACGCAAAACGAAACUAUGCCACAGUAGUUAACACUGGAACAAAUACUGAUGGAAGCAAAACUGAGGGUAUCACAUUUCCUUCGGGCCAAGCACAGAAGGAGCUGAUCCUUCAAGUUUACAGGGAAGCCGGAAUAGACCCGGCUGAUGUUGUCUAUGUUGAAGCUCAUGGAACAGGAACAAAGGCGGGUGAUGCACAAGAAGUGAAUUCUAUUGUUGACGUAUUCUGCAAGGGAAGGAGGUCUCCUCUUCUUCUAGGCUCAGUCAAAUCAAACAUGGGUCAUGCCGAACCUGCAUCUGGUGUUGCCUCUAUAGCUAAGAUGGUAAUGGCCAUGGAAACUGGUGUGAUCCCUACUAAUCUACAUUUUAAAAGUCCGCGAACUGAUAUUCCUGGAUUGAGUGAUGGCCGACUUCAAGUUGUCGACAAGAACUGGAAAUGGAAUGGAGGACUUGUAGGUAUCAAUUCUUUUGGUUUUGGGGGCUGUAAUGUUCACGUCAUUCUUAGGUCAAAUCCUAAACCCAAACCACUCCCAGCUAAAAGCAGUAUCCCUAGGAUUGUUGUAGCUUCUGGCAGAACACCUACUGCUGUUACUAACUUCUUACAAAAGAUUGAAAAGAUGCCAAGAGACGAUGAAAUGAUUGCACUAUUACACGACAUCCAUAGUAAAAGGAUUGUAGGUCACCCUUUUAGAGGAUUCACUGUGCUUUCUGAAACACCCACUCGAGAAGUUUCUGAGGAGCCAGUAGACAAGAGGGAGGUCUGGUACAUAAUGUCAGGAAUGGGAACCCAAUGGCCUGGAAUGGGGAAAGCUCUGAUGGGUCUUGAUGUAUUUGCCAGGUCUAUUCACCAGAGUGCAGCUGUUCUUGCUACUGAGGGGGUCGACCUUCUCAACCUUAUCAUGAACAGUACUGAUGACUCAGUAUUUGAAAAUGUGUUACAUUCCUUCGUUACCAUAACCGCUACUCAAAUUGCUUUGAUUGACUUACUUAACUCACUUGGACUAUCUCCUGACGGCAUAGUCGGCCACUCUGCUGGUGAAUUGGCAUGUGCAUAUGCUGAUGGCUGUUUCACAGCUGAGCAGACCAUAUUAGCUGCUUACUGGAGAGGCAGGUGUGUCAUUGAAUGUAAACUACAAAAGGGAGCUAUGGCUGCAGUUUCUCUAACAUGGGAAGAAGCCAAAGCACAAGCACCGCCCGGUGUCUUCGCAGCUUGCCACAAUGGUGAGGACUCAGUAACUAUUUCAGGACUUCCUGAUCUCAUCGACAAGUUCGUUGCAGAACUGCAGGCACAAGGAAAAUUUGCGAAAAAAGUCAGUAGUUCUAAUGUCGCUUUCCACUCCAAAUACAUUGCAGAAGUUGGGCAGAAACUAAGAAUCAACUUGGAAAGGAUAAUUCCAAAUCCAAAACCAAGGUCAAAGAGGUGGCGUUCAACAUCAAUUCCAGAAUCUGGUUGGAACUCACAACUCGCUGCUACAUCCUCUGCAGCCUACCUCAACAAUCUUCUUUCUCCAGUAUUGUUUUAUGAAGCACUCCAGCAUAUUCCAGAGAAUGCCAUUGUUGUCGAAAUAGCACCUCACGCUCUCUUGCAAGCCGUCCUCAAGAGAUCAGUACCUAAAUCUUGUCUGAAUAUCGGUUUAGUAAAGAAAAAUGCUCCUGAUGAAUUAGGAUUUUUCUUAAGCAAUCUUGGAAGGCUGUACAAUGCUGGUCUUCAACCCAAGGUACAAGAAUUAUAUCCACCUAUUACAUACCCAGUAUCAAGAGGAACACCAAAUAUUUCAUCAUUAUUGGAAUGGGAUCAUUCUGCCGAAUGGGAUACUGCUGACUACAGAAAACUUGGCAAAGGUACCGGAGAGUCUAUCAUUGAAGUGAACAUUGGAGACAGUAAAGAUGCCUACAUCAGCGGCCAUUGUAUUGAUGGAAGGGUUCUGUUUCCGGCUACAGGCUACCUUACUCUAGCAUGGCAAACAUUUGCUAAGCUUCAUGAAAAGGAAGUCGAGCAAAUGCCAGUCAUCAUUGAGGAUGCGCAAUUUCUCAGAGCAACAAUUAUGCCUAAAGAUGGAAAAAUUAAGGAGUCGCCCGGAUAUGAGAAAGAAUCCCUCUCUCUUGGACCUCUUCCAAAAAUAGCCAAAGACAGCUUCGAACUACAGAAGAGUGAAAUUUACAAAGAUCUCCGCCUUAGAGGCUAUGAUUACAAAGAAAUUUUCAGAGGUGUAAUCAAAGCUGACGAUUUAGGAAAUAGAGGAGAAUUAGAAUGGAGAAAAAAUUGGAUCAGCUUUAUGGAUACGAUGUUACAAUUUUCACUUAUCAAAACAAAUUCAAGAGAGCUUUAUCUUCCAACAAGAUGCCAGAAAAUCGUCAUCGAUCCCAUUGCCCAUAUGGCAAAUUUACAGGACGCAGAAAGUGUUCCUGUUAGAUACGAUUCAUAUCUUGGAGUAGUACAAGCAGGUGGAGUCGAAAUCCGAGGAAUUAAAACUAGUCUUGCUCCAAGAAGACAACAGACACAGACAGCCCCAUUAACUGAAAAAUAUAUUUUUGUCCCAUUGAAUAACAAUAAAGUAAUACCUCAGACAGAGGUGAUCACAUCUCAAAUCCAAUUAGCUGUUGAAAACUGCCCGUUGAGUAAGAAAAUAAAGAUAGUGGAAUAUGUUGGAAAACAAACUGUACCCAUUAUUUCUUCCGUUCAAUCGGUACUGCAGCAGAACCAGAAUUACGGAUUUUCUUUCCAUCAGGUUGACUUUUCUAUUGCAACCACUGAAGAUAUAGAUAAGAGUGCUCUCAGUGAUGUAAAUUUUAUUAGCAAAGAUUUGAACGAAGAUCUUUUGGAUGACAGCUACAAUAUUCUGAUUGGUCAUAAACUCCUCUCCAGUGGACAACUUCUCAACAAUGCCUCUGAAAGUGUUGUUGAGUCUGGGUUUAUUUUAUCAGUUGAAGCUCACAAGUACAGCACAGCAGAAUUGAAGAAACUUGACGAUUUUGUCUUGGUUUCUGAAGCUAAAACUGAAGAAAGCACUUACGUUUUGCUGAGGAGGGAGAGGGAUUCCUUACCAAAACAAAUCAUCCCUAUUCAGCAGACUGAUUUCAAAUGGAUUGAACAACUUAAGAAAAUCAUGCAAGAAUCUAAAGAUCCCGAAGAAAGAGUCCUUCUGGUGGCAGAUGAUAAUCCUUUCUGUGGUCUCAUCGGUUUGUUUAACUGCUUGAAGAGGGAAGAAGGAGGAGACAAACUUAGGUGUGUUUUCACUUUUGGAAGCAAAUUCUCAAUGGCUCAGCACAAAGAUCAAAUUAAAAAAGAUCUGCUUGUCAACGUCUUGAAAGAUGGAGCAUGGGGUUCAUUCAGGCACUUGCCAGUUUACUCUAAUGAUCGCUCACUGAAUGUUGAACAUGCUUAUGUCAAUACACUUGUGCGUGGUGAUUUGUCCAGCCUUCGCUGGAUCGAAGGACCUCUAUCAUUCUACAAACCUGAAAAUUAUCCUGGAAAGGAACUUUGUACAGUUUAUUAUGCACCUUUGAACUUCCGAGAUAUUAUGUUGGCCACUGGAAAACUUCCUCCUGAUGCUCUUCCAGGAGAUAUGGCAAACCAGGAAUGUAUUCUUGGACUCGAAUUUUCGGGAAGAGAUUCAAAAGGAAAUCGUGUGAUGGGAUGUGUCGCAGCUUGCAGUUUAGCUACUACUGUUGUGGCCGAUCCAGAUUUUAUGUGGACUAUCCCAGCAAAAUGGUCCUUAGAAGAGGCUUCUACAAUCCCUGCCGUCUAUGCUACUGUAAAGCUACUAUGCCCUGUUGUCCGUGGUCGCAUGAAGAAAGGAGAAAGUGUCCUCAUCCACGCUGGAACAGGUGGUGUAGGCCAAGCCGCCAUCUCGAUCGCUCUUCACAUGGGCUGCACUGUAUUUACAACUGUUGGUACGCCUGAGAAACGAGAAUUCAUCCUCAAAAAUUUCCCAGAAGUGAAACCAUCACAUAUUGGUAAUUCAAGAGACACAAGUUUUGAACAGAUGAUACUGAGAGAAACUGAAGGCCGUGGUGUUGAUCUAGUUUUGAACUCAUUGGCUGAAGACAAGCUGCAAGCAUCAGUGAGAUGCCUCGCAAGACAUGGUCGAUUCCUUGAAAUUGGAAAGCUUGACCUCUCAAAUAACUCUCCACUUGGUAUGUCACUUUUCUUGAGAAACACAACAUUCCACGGAAUCCUUCUAGAUGCUCUGUUCGAUGCCUCAUCUGACAAUCCUGAGAAGAUGGAAGUAGCACGAUUGGUCCGUGACGGAAUUAAGACCGGUGCUGUCAGGCCUCUACCAACCACAACCUUCAAUUAUGCACAAUUGGAACAGUCUUUCAGAUAUAUGGCAACAGGCAAACACAUUGGUAAAGUCGUCUUGAAAAUAAGGGAUGAAGAGCCCGAGAAAGUAGUGAAGCAUCCAAAACAAUUUUUAAUGGAGUCUUCACCAAAGACCUACAUGAAUCCAGACAAAUCUUACAUACUUGUUGGUGGUCUUGGUGGUUUGGGAUUAGAGCUGACACAAUGGAUGAUUUCAAGAGGUGCCAAGAAAGUGGUUCUAGUCUCUAGAUCAGGAGUGACCAAUGGAUACCAGAAUAUGUGCAUCCGUCGUUGGAAGCUUGCAGGUGCGACUGUUGUAAUCUCUACAACUAACGUCACUGACAUGAAGGGAGCUAAGAGUUUGAUAGAAGAGGCAAACAGACUUGGUCCUGUUGGGGGAAUAUUCAAUCUUGCAGCUGUAUUACGUGAUGGUUUGUUCGAAAAUCAAACCGAAGCAGACUUUGUUGCAGUAUGUAAACCAAAGAUCGAUUCAACAAUAAAUCUCGAUAUUGCCAGCAGGUCAUGCAAUCAGCUUGACUACUUUGUUAUAUUUUCAUCUGUUUCUUGUGGAAGAGGAAAUCUUGGACAAACCAAUUAUGGUCUGGCCAACUCCGCCAUGGAAAGGAUUUGUGAAGAGAGGCAAAGGAAUGGUCUUCCAGGGCUGGCCAUUCAGUGGGGUGCAAUCGGUGAUGUUGGUCUGGUUAUCGAAGCUCUUGGAGGUGACAAUGAGACUGUUGUAGGAGGAACCUUACCCCAAAGGAUAACUUCUGUCCUUUCCACUAUUGACUUCUUCCUUCAACAACCACACCCUGUUCUGUCCUCAUUGGUCAUUGCUGAAAAGAAACAGGCAACAGAAGCAGGUUCUGUCAGUCUUGUUGACGCAGUUGCCAACAUUCUCGGCAUUAAAGACACAACUAAUGUACUUGCUUCGACCAAUUUGGGAGAAUUGGGUAUGGACUCGUUGAUGGGUUCAGAAAUUAAACAGACACUUGAAAGGAACUACGACCUCGUUCUUAGUACUGGUGAAAUUAGAUCGCUCACUUUUGGAAAACUUAAAGAACUUGCUGGUAUGCAAACAUCUACGGAACAAGUAGAGGAAACUAAGGUGAAGACAAAGCUGACACCAACACAGACAUUGGUUCCAAUGCCAUCUGCAACUCCUCUCAAUGGGCCGAAGCCUUUCUUUAUUGUCCAUCCGAUUGAAGGAGUUGUUAGCCUUCUUGAAGAGUUUACUUCCAACAUACCAUUCAAUGUUUAUGGUUUCCAGUACACAAAAGAUGUCCCUGAUGAUAGCAUUCAGUCCCUUGCAGCAUUCUAUUUGAAGACUAUGAAGAAUGUUGAGGUUCAAGAUCCAGUUUUGCUUGGUGGAUAUUCCUUUGGUGCAUCAGUUGCUUUUGAAAUGGCCUUGCUACUCGAAUCUCAGGGCAAAAAUGUGCACCUCUUUCUGAUUGAUGGUGCCCCUGAUUUCCUCCAACAAGAGUUCAAAGCCUUGCCUGACUUUAAUUCUAGAUUGGAACUGUGUGCUGAAAAACUUAAAGGUAAUGGUGAAUCAGAAGAAGAUUUGAAGACUGCUAUUGUAGCAUUCUAUAAAAAAUUGGUUGCCAGCGACAGCUAUAAGCCAUCGGGUGUUUUCAAAGGAAAAGUUGUUCUCUUGAAGGUUGAACAGAACUUCGUUGAUAUUGCAAGUGAUUAUGGACUCAAAAAGAUCUGCAAACAGAGCCCUGAGAUUCAUUCCUUUUCGACCACUCAUCAGGAAAUCGUUAAAGGCCAAGUCGCUAAGGAAGUAGCUGACAAGAUCAUCAAAGCUGUGAAAUCAUGAUACACAACUUCCACGGGUAAAAGAAAACGUCAUCGUAACGGUCGUAGAAGGAAAAAGGCAAACUCCUCUAGUAACACUUAGGGCAUAUCAAGUCGGUAAAAUCGAACUAUUUCGUUAUCAUGUUACUGUUUAAUCUGUUAAGAUCAAUCAUAGAGGCACAAGUUACAUAAUUAAUAUGUAUAAAGUCUCUCAUUCCAUUGUAUAGGUAGUAUAUAUCUAGAUUAUGGAAAUUCUAUAUCUCUCUCAGUGUAUUGUAGUCAUGAUAGAACUCUUAUUAAUAUAAGGUAAAAAUGUGAAAAAAUUUUUAUUUAUUUUCAUUAUGUAAAUAUUACCAAAUUAUAUUUUGAGGUAUAAUUUUUAAUUUUUAAGCCUAUUUAUGUAUAGAUACUAUUGUACAGUUACUAUUUUUAACACUAUUAUAUAGUUUGUGAAUUAUGGCUGUUUGACUGAGAUCUACUUUAUUGUGAUUAAAUAAAAUUUGAUUGAUAUUCUCAAAAAAACAAAAAAAAAAAACAAGAAAACUAUAAGUAAUGAUAUAAACAGAGGAAUAAUUAAUUAAAUGAUGAAGAAAUGAAACCUAAUGUUAAGUAAUAUAGA